AUGGUGGUUCCGGAGAUGUGGGGGGUCAUGGCGUGGUUGGGCAUGUACCUCCAUGGGUGGUCCUUGGGAGCUGGCUGCGGGUUCCACACGUCUCCACUGUAA